AUGGCAAAGCGUGACAAGAGGCGCACGGCGCUGGUGCAACAGAACUUUGACAGCCUGAAGAGGUUCUAUGCGAUUUCGCCCUUCGCCGCCGCGGAGCGAGCAACUCUCCCGCCUGUAUACUGUGGUGUCUACAGUCGGCGCGCCGCUAUGAAUUCAUACCACGUUGUAGGCUCCUCACGAGACCAGAUCGUCUUGGAAGCCAUGCGCACCUUUACUCCGUCGACGUGCACGAAGGAGGUGAUGGAUUUGUAUCUAGAGGUGGCGGCGCUGGUGUCGCUCUACUUCGACACGAAGGAGCAGCUGCUGGCGCUGCCAGAUGUUUGA